AUGCCUUCGUCGCGCUGGUUUCUCCACCUUCAGGCAAUAUGGUGGAGAAUGCUCAUGACAUGGGGCAUGUACCUGCAUCGGGUCGCACCUCCAAAGCCACCCAAACCGGCAUUCUCAAAGCGAAUAGAAACAACAAUAUCUUCCUGGCCUGGCAAGAUCACGCUCUUUUUCUACACUCCGGAAAAUUACGUUCAGCGACCUCCCGGCAAAAAGUAUCCGGUAAUUGUUAAUUUCCAUGGCGGCGGAUUCACUCUGGGAUCAGCCACAGACGAUGCACGCUGGGCCGAUGUGGUUAUUAAACACAUUGACGCAGUCUUUGUGAGCGUCGACUACCGCUUGGGCCCCGGGUAUCCAUUUCCCACGGCAGUAGAAGACGGAGCAGACGCCGUGCUUUGGCUGGCCGAACAUGCAGAAGAAUUGGGCCUUGAUGCGCAGAAGAUGGCUAUGACUGGCUUCUCCGCCGGUGGCAACCUGUCUUUUACCGUGCCGCUUAAGCUCGCUGAACAAGUGCAAAUCGUGGCACAGCAAUCGUCUGACGGAAGCAAGACCUUUGUCGAACAGCCAAAUUACAACAUCAGAGCCAUUGUCGCUUGGUAUCCUGCUACCGAUGCCACCAGAUCUCGUGCAUUCCGCCGUUCGCGGAACCCUCGUCCAGACAAACACAUUCCGACCUUCCUUACCAAUCUGUUUGACGAAGCAUAUCUUCCGCCUGAGGAACAGCGAGGCGAUCCAUGUCUUUCUCCUGGCGUCGCCCCUGACGAGAUUUUGGCCCAACUCCCCAACGAUAUUGCCAUUUACGCUUGCGAAUGGGACAUGCUGCUGGAGGAAGCGCAGGUCUUUAGCGAUCGUCUGCAGAACGGCGUCGGAAAGAGAGUCAAGUUCGCUACUGUCCAAGGCGUGCAGCAUGCUUGGGACAAGAGCCCGAACCCAUGGUUCAUGCGUCAUGUCGUGGACGAUCUUUAUCAGUCAGCCUGCAUGGAUUUAUCCAAGGUGCUUGAACGAGAGUCAACCAUUAUUUAG